CAUUUACGUUGUUGUGUCUAUUGUUUCGUUUUUGAAGACCACACAAGUUCAGACAGAAACUCAAAUGUUGUUCAAUUGACACUUUAUCUCGUUUUAUUAUACCAACGGCUACUGUCGGUCUGGCACAUCGUUUUUUGAUCUUACGUGAGUUCUGACACAACCCCCAUUCCCAUGGCCUCUGCCCUGAGCCAUCUCUCUCCAAUGUCUGGAAGAGAGAGAGAAGGAUGGAGUGAUGGAGGAGGAGAGGACCGGGUGGAGGAUGAGUUUGCGUGUUCCGGCGCGCUACGCAGAGCCCUACUGUCCUUCCACCCCUCCCUGGAGAGGAUAUUUGGGGUGUCCUUUAUGAUCGGGAGAGAGGAGGAUGCUGUGUUGCCACAUGAUGGACAAAUCUGGCUUAAACUAAGAGGAGGAAGGAAAGACGUUGUGGCUGCCAAAUUGUUUGUUAAGGGAGUUGUGAACCAGGAGGCCCCGCAGGAAGUUCCGUAUCCAGGGGUCCUUCACUGUGUGUUCUGUGGAGCACGGGGGCUGUUCAUGGACUGCCUGAUCAGAAACACCUCUGCUCGCAUAGUGGUGGUUUCCCCAGGCUUCCUGCUCAUCUCAGGUCUGGCAGAACCAGUGGUCAGGGCCUACUCCCUGAUCACAGACCUUGUGGAGCGCUCCGAGGGCACCCAGGGACGACUCAGUGAGCCUAGGGACAGGGCAGCAGACGAGACCCUGGAUUCUCGUCGGGCCUUCAAGUCCCUGGUGGAGAGAUGGGAUGACAGGCACACUCUGGACCUGCUAGUGCUACCGGGAGCAGUGAAGGAGACUUUACUGGAUCUGGUGAGGGAAUCUGGGCUGGGAUCUAACCCUGGUCCCGGGGGCUUGAACCCGGGUCAUGGGGGUUCAAACCCAGGUCAUGGGUGUUUAAAUCCUGGUCCAGGGCUGGGCUUGAACCUUGGUCUUGGGGGGUCUAGAGACAGAGUGGGUCUAAUGGACACUGAUACACAGAGACUAUGGGACAGCCAAUUCGAAUUAGAGGCACUAACACUUAUGGAUACCAGAAUAGGGACCAGAGCUGGAGAGGCAAGGGACAUACAGGAAGUACAGGGGAUUUCAAUGACCAAAUCAACGACCAAACCUUCCGAACAUUCCUACCACAACCAAGACCCUGGUCUAAAGAAUAUUGGACGGUUUUCUCAACAGACGUUCACUACCGCAACUGUAAAAGUUACAGAGGGAAGCAGAUAUGGGACACAAGGAGGGAUAGGGAUUGGGAACGAAGCAGCCCCCCGAGAUCCCAUCUUCCACUCUUUCCCCCAAAACAAAGACAUUCGUGGUCGAGCCGAGGGGUCGGAGGGGGCAAAAGAGGUACAAGGGCAUUCCCCACAGGAGGUAAAGGAGGAGGGACACCUGGAAGAGGAGGAGGAGAUAGAGACAGAGGAGGGAGAAGGGAACAUGUUGUCAGUAGGGAGCAAGGAGGAGUUUGGCCUGCUUCUGAAGUUCUUCACGGCUAUGGGCUAUGCGGAAGACGUGGUACUGAGGGUCCUAGCCCAGACCAGACCCAGAGAAGCUUCCCAGAUCCUGGACCUGGUGCAACAAGAGCAGGACCGGACCAGACUGGCCAUGAACAGCCUUGUGGAGCUAGUGCAUAGAGAGGUGGAGGAGAGGGGAAGCGAGGGGGAGGAGAGCGGAGGUGAAGAAGUGAGAGGAAAGAAAAGCGGUCAGCUACUCCUGGAGCUACAGAGAGAGGGCACCAGAGAGACAGAAGCCAAAUCCCAGGACAGGGUACGUGACGAACCAAGAGAGGUGAAUGAGGUUGUCUCAGAGGUACGGAAAAAGAAGUGCAGAAAAGAGGAAACGGAGAAGGAGAGGGGUAAAGAGAGGAAGGCACCGGCACAACCAUUCACAACUACUGAAAACCGAGGAGUAGAAAGGAAGAGUGCCAAAGGAAUGAGUAAAAGGAAGACGGAUGAGGUAGGAGGAGUGAAGGUGCCAAACCGAACCGUUGAUGGCCCAGUUAGGGUUGAACCGGAUCUGGCUCAGUGGAAUGCUGUGAUGAACCAGGUUCCGUUCCCGACCCAUAGUCUCCACAAGAACCCCACACAGACACGACAGCAACCCGGCCAGACACACCCCCCCCGUCGAGCCAGCCCCCCUUUAGUCAGAGGGCCUCCCCAGCCCACCUACUCCAUCACACUACCUCCACAACCCACCAACCUUCCCUUAUUUCCCCAUCAACUCGUUUACCCUCUCACCCAGCCACACCAGACCACCUUAGACUCCACCCUCACCGUGAAUAACUCCUCAGCAACCAGGGUGAAGGAGAAACUGGGUUUCCUUACCCUAGCAACAGAGGUUCCAGAAAGAAAGGGUCUCCCUGCCCCGGCUGUUGACAGAUGGGGUCUCCCGCCCAUGGCAGCAGGGUCUUUAGUGACCGGGCAGCAGCGCUUCCUGGAAGGACUACAGACACCAUUUGACCUCAAGCUGACUGACCAACCAGGAGACCCAGGGCUCAGGAUGGUGGUCAUCGACGGGAGCAAUGUUGCCAUGAGUCACGGUCUGGGUAAUUUCUUCUCGUGUCGAGGAAUCGCCCUGGCCGUGCAACACUUCUGGAACCGCGGCCAUCGCAGAAUCAGCACCUUACUGCCCCAGUGGAGGCAGAAGAGAGACCCCCGGGUCAAAGAGCAGCACUACCUUACUGAGCUCCAGAACCUGGGUCUCCUCGCCUACACCCCUUCCAGAGAGGUCCAGGGGAAGAGGAUAAACUCAUACGAUGACAGGUUCAUGCUGCAGCUGGCCCAGAAGACGGAUGGCGUGAUCGUGACAAAUGACAACCUUCGAGACCUGCUGGAUGAGUCCCAUGAAUGGAGAGACAUCAUCAAAAAAAGACUCCUCCAGUACACGUUUGUAGGUGAUCACUUCAUGGUGCCUGAUGACCCGCUGGGCCGAGAAGGACCCCAUCUGGAUGACUUCCUACGCUCACUGCACAGGACUCCUGUCUCAGGCAGUCACUCAUUUGCGGGCACUGCCUCCACCCCCUUCCCCCAAGCUCCCAGGGCCCAGACAGAGGUCCUGAAGUUCAGGGACAGAACACCUGGUGUAGCUGUAGAGCCAGACUCCAGCCAGGCCCACGGCAGAGGGAAAAGGAAGGGGCAGGCUAAGGCCGGACACGGUAGCCCUGGAAUGGACCUUGUUCCAGGGAUGGGCCUUGGCCUGGAUAUGGAGAGGAGUGCAGCAGAGACCUCCAGACUUAGGGAGAGCUUAUCCCAGGUGUUCCCAGGACAAGACAGCAUUGUUACUCUGGUGCUGCAGUGUAACCCUACAGUGACUGACAUCAAUUCACUGUCACACUUUAUGCUGCAGCAACAGAUAGAGAGUGAGCAUGGGGGUGUAGACUGAGUGAUGGGGGGAUGACGCUUGUUUGUGUGUGUGUGUGUGUGUGUGUGUUUGAGGUGGUAUUCCAGAAAAAUAAGACUAAUGUUUGAAGACCAAUAACUUUCUUUCUUCCUUUCUAUUCAGUCUAGUACAUCGUGUGCAUAUUAAUGUAUAUUAUUUAAGUGUUUGAAUGAUAGGUUUAGUUAAAAGACAGACAGAUCUUCAAAUUAUGUUUCUUAAUAGAUUUUUAUCCAGUUAAUGUUGGAAACAGGACUUAAAUACUGCAAAACAAUUUUUAAAACAUAUUUCGUACCCUUACAUUUUUAUUUUAUUUUUUGUAUCAUGUUGGAUUUUGUGUUAGGGAUGAGUAGUGUUGCUGAAUUCAGUGUACAAUGUUAUCUAUUGAACAUGACAUUACAGCAUGGAAUUAUUAAGUUGAUGAUGCUCAACUUCCAACGAAUAAUUUCAAACUCAGAAGUGUCGUACUUCAAUAGUAUAACUUUGUUAAUGUUAUUACAUGAACUGUAGUUUAAAGAGUAAGACAAUUGUUUAUUUUUAUACUGUGUAUUCAUACCAUAAAUGCCGUUUGAAAUAGGAAUAAUAUUAUUGUAAGAAGUUAGAAAAUGUUAGAAAAUGCAUAUAAACCAUAAUAAGAAUUAACAAAUUGAACAAUCAUUAGUUGGUAAUAUUGAAAAAAUAUAAUCAAUCAAAUCUCAUUAAUCAAUCAAUUCAGGGGUGGCAGCGUAGCCUAGUGGUUAGAGCGUUGGACUAGUAACCGGAAGGUUGCAAGAUUGAAUCCCCAAGCUGACAAGGUACAAAUCUGUCGUUCUGCCCCUGAACAGGCAGUUAACCCACUGUUCCUAGGCCGUCAUUGUAAAUAAGAAUUUGUUCUUAACUGACUUGCCUAGUAAAAUAAAGGUAAAAAAUAUAUAUAUAUAUAAAAAAAAAAAAUCUACGAAUUACCCAAUUACACAUGUUCUCCUUGUGGGGACUGUUACAUUGAAUGUAACCCACAGAAUGUAAAUUCAAACACACGUUUGUCAUGUUAAGACAGUUGUUUACACUUAGAAAUAACAAGAAAAGUAAGUACAUUGAAUCAAAAACAUGGAAGGUGUUCUACAGGGGUUGUUUCUUGGUCCUGUACUUUUUACUGUUUACAUUAACAAAAUUGACUUGUCUGUAAAAAAAUUGUAACCUGCACUUGUAUGCACUUGUAUGUUGUUUAAUGCUAUUGUUGACCAAGCUCUGUCUGAACUACAGUCUGCCUUCAUUGUAUUACAGAAAAACUUUAUUGACCUGAAAUUAGUAUUGAAUACAGGUAAAAGUAUAUGUAGUUCUCUAGAGCACAUAAACAUAGCUCUGUGUUAAGCAUAUGUACUUUGGAUGGUGUCAACAUUGAUCGUGUCCCUGCUUCUAAGUAUCUGUGUAGAUGAAAAGCUGUCUUUUAAAAAGCAUAGUCAUGAGUUAGUUAAGAAGCUGAGAAUAAAAAUGAGCUUCUUCUAUAGAAAUAGGUCCUGUCUCUCGAUAAAUAGACAGACAGGACCUGGGGCGGCAGGGUAGCCUAGUGGUUAGAGCGUUGGACUAGUAACCGAAAGGUUUCAUGUUCAAAUCCCCCGAGCUGACAAGGUACAAAUCUGUCGUUCUGCCCCUGAACAGGCAGUUAACCCACUAGGCCGUCAUUGAAAAUAAGAAUUUGUUCUUAACUGACUUGCCUAGUUAAAUAAAGGUUUAAAAAAUCAAUUUAAAAAAGCAGAUUAUUCCUAGACUACGGCAACAUCAUCUAUAUGAAAGCAGCUGCUACUUCAUUAAAGCCAUUAGAUGCCGUUUAUCAAAGCUCAUUGCGCUUUGUUUUAGUGCGACAAUUGUAAUGCUCAUUCUCUACCAGAAAGUUGUUUGGCCCUUUUGGAUACAUUGCUUUGUUUUAAUUUAUAAAGCACUUUUACAAAAAGUCCCACUUUACCUAACGUCAUUACUGAACCUUUGACAUACGAGUUACCACACCUGGCCUUGGGGUUGGUUAACUCUGGGAAUGUAUUUGUUCUCUACGGAGUUAGGUAAAUCAGCUUUUAGUUUUCAUGCGCCUUGUUUGUGGAACGAUCUUCAAAAUGUUCUUAAAUGUGUUGUUUUGGUGCCUCUGUGGCAAUUCAGAAAGCUGAUUUUAGGACCUUAGUACUGAUGAAUGUGUUAUUUGUUUUAUGACCGUGUAGUUUCUUUCCUUCUGCUUGCAUUUCGUAUUUAUAUUGAUGUGUGUAUUUUCUGUCAUUUAUGCCAUUCAGGGCUCAUAAAAUAAAGGUGAAUAAAUGAAUAAAUGGUGAAACAUUGA